AUGGUCUACUUCAUACAUAACACCUACAUUCCAAUCCCGGGUGUAUUGGGAAAUGCCACAUCUGCGGCAGGCCCAUUCAUGAUCUUGGAACACGUUGAAAAUUUAAUUGGGGCUGGUGUAAAACCAGAAGAUGUCGCCGUCGUGACGCCAUACAAUGCACAGUUAGCUUUAUUGUCUAGCAUGUUGAAAGACAAGUAUCCUGGACUCGAACUAGGGAGCGUGGAUGGGUUUCAAGGACGGGAGAAGGAGGCUGUCAUCGUGAGUCUUGUGCGUAGCAACCCAGAGCAUGAAGUUGGGUUUCUUGCCGAGAAGAGGCGAUUAAAUGUCGCAAUGACCCGUCCCAAACGUCAUUUGUGCAUAUGUGGGGAUUCUGAAACAAUUCGUGGUGGCAACCAAUUCCUACGACGGUGGGAUGGAUUUCUUGGAGGAAAAUUCGGAUCUGCGAUAUCCCGACGCUGGCGAAUACAUGCAAUCUUAAAGACCGGACAUAGAUCUGAGGAACGCAUCUGUUAUAUUCCCUGA